AUGUCACUUCGUAGUAGGAGGCCUGGGUUGAACAAUGUGGGAGAUAAUCUAGCGUCGUGGGAUUCGGAAAUGUCAAAGGCUGACUUUGUGGUGGCUCAAGAUGGGUCGGGGAAUUAUCAGACGAUAAAUGAGGCGGUGGAUGCAUUGGGCCGAUUGGGUCAAAAUCGACCUGAAAGGGUCGUAGUGUACGUGAAAUCGGGAGUGUACAGAGAGAAAGUGGAAAUUGGGCGGGAUUUGAAGAACAUUAUGUUCAUUGGCGAUGGAAUCGACAAAACACCGACGAAACCAUACUAUAACGAGACUGUAGCCUUCACCUCUGUUUUAUAUUGGAUCCAAUAG